AUGGAACCGUCGAGUCGUUCGUUGUACGUCACGUUGCUGAGUAACACCAGCAAACCGGAAUUUCCCCACAAUACGCCGGCUUCGUUCAAGGUGCGUCUGCCGUACCCGUUGCGCGUCAAGAACUGGCAGGUGGGCGUGGCCGGCGUCUACUUACCCGGGCCACCGAAUGUGGUCUCGCACGCGGUGUCGUCGCAUCCCGUGACGUCGCAUCCGACCGCCCCUCUGACGGAACAUCGACAAUCGAAUUUGUACAAGGGAUCGACCAACCAACGAUUGGUGCGCAUGUAUUCCCGAGCCAUGAAGGGUGACGAUGUGACCAGGACACAAGAGAUCACCUCGACCAUGGAGGACGCCGACAUGCCCGAAGCCACCACGGGGGUGACGUUUAUGAAAAAAGUGGUCCGUUGGUUGCAACAAGAUAGGUUGAAGAAACUCUUUACCGGGUAUAUCUUUGGUACCACCAAGGUGGAUUAUACGCCUCGGUUCGAAUGGAAGGACGAGGCGGGGGUGUCUACGUUGUGGAUCCUGAAUGAUAAAAUCAACAUUGCCUUCAACAAACCGCGCCCUUACUUGGGGUUCAAUCUGGUGUUGGCUGAAACGAUGGGAUGGAUUAAGAAAAAGGAAGACCAAUCGUACGAGCUGGGUCCCAAUUUGUUGAUGUACCCGCAUCUGAAGCGACCCAAGGCCGCCAAGAUCGGGGCCGACGGGGAUAAGAACCAACUGUUCACGUUUACGGAUUACGUGCACGUGAACCGAAACAUGGCGUAUAUGUCCAUGGUGAUGGAUUGGCAGUUUGUGAAUUUGGACGAGGCCUAUGCCCAGGCCACCACGCACGUGUACGUCCCUCCCAAGGUCCUGUGGAAUCGUUUCCGAUGGAUCAUGGACGACGAGAGCGUGUGGAUCAAGGAUGGGAGGAUUAGUUCCUUGGGGUUUGUCAAUCUGGAAGGCUCCCCGCAUUAUUGGAAGAAGAAGACCGUGGGCAUGACGUUGACGAAAAGCGGCAACAAGUACGAACCCAAGUUUGGUUGGGUCAUCGGCACCACCAAGCUGAGCAAGGCCGGCACGUAUAGAAUCAUCGUCGAGAUCUACACGACCGACAAGGUCUUGUUUGACAAGACGAGCGUGACUGCCUGGACUAGUUUCUACGUGCAGAACAUCGACUCGGCCGUGACGACGCACGUGCAUGAAUAA